UUUGAACCGGGGCAAAGCAGAGGCGGGGAGAGGGGCCGGGGCAGGAGGCGGACGGUGACAUCAGAGCGGCCGGGCGGAUAAGGUGGGAGAGCCGCAGGAGCGGAGUGGGCGAGCGAGGCGUCAGCGAUUUAGCGGCUGCCUCCGGUUCCCCGCUCACCGCAUCUCACCUCACCUCACCAUGCAGAGGUCUCCCCUGGAGAAGGCGAACAUCUUCUCCAAACUUUUCUUCAGAUGGACAAACCCAAUUUUGAAAAAGGGUUACAGACGACGGUUGGAGCUCUCAGAUAUUUAUCAAAUCCCUUCUGCAGACUCUGCUGAUAAUCUUUCUGAAAAACUGGAAAGAGAAUGGGACAGAGAGCUGGCAACUUCAGAGAAGAAACCCAAACUCAUUAAUGCUCUUCGACGAUGCUUCUUCUGGAAAUUUAUGUUCUAUGGAAUAAUAUUAUAUUUAGGGGAAGUCACCAAAUCUGUGCAACCCCUUCUGCUGGGGAGAAUAAUAGCUUCCUAUGACCCAGACAACUCUAAUGAAAGAUCCAUAGCUUACUACCUGGGAAUUGGCUUGUGCCUCCUCUUUUUUGUGAGAACACUGCUUAUACACCCUGCUAUAUUUGGUCUUCAUCAUAUUGGAAUGCAAAUGAGGAUAGCUAUGUUUAGCUUGAUCUAUAAGAAGAUCCUGAAACUGUCAAGCAGAGUUCUAGAUAAAAUAAGUACUGGACAAUUGGUCAGUCUUCUUUCCAACAAUCUGAACAAAUUUGAUGAGGGUCUUGCUCUGGCUCAUUUUGUAUGGAUUGCACCAUUACAAGUGGCACUGCUGAUGGGAUUGCUCUGGGAUAUGUUAGAAGCUUCUGCAUUUUCUGGACUUGCUUUUCUUAUAGUUGUGGUCUUAUUCCAAGCCUGGCUGGGACAAAUGAUGAUGAAAUACAGGAAUAAGAGAGCGGGAAAGAUCAAUGAGAGACUUGUCAUCACCUCAGAAAUAAUUGAAAAUAUACAGUCAGUUAAAGCCUAUUGUUGGGAAGAUGCAAUGGAAAAAAUGAUUGAAAACAUCCGUGAAACUGAACUGAAGCUUACCAGAAAAGCUGCCUAUGUGAGAUAUUUCAACAGCUCAGCCUUCUUCUUCUCAGGCUUUUUUGUGGUGUUCUUAGCUGUGCUUCCGUACGCUGUGAUUAAAGGAAUUACUCUCCGAAAAAUAUUUACCACCAUUUCCUUCUGCAUUGUCCUUCGAAUGACAGUGACCAGGCAGUUUCCCGGCUCUGUGCAGACCUGGUAUGACUCUAUUGGAGCAAUAAACAAAAUACAGGAUUUCUUGCUGAAAAAAGAAUAUAAAGCUCUGGAGUAUAAUCUAACAACCACUGGGGUUGAGCUGGACAAAGUAACAGCUUUUUGGGAUGAGGGAAUUGGAGAGCUAUUUGUAAAAGCAAACCAGGAAAACAACAACAGCAAAGCUCCUAGCACUGACAGCAAUCUCUUCUUCAAUAAUUUUCCCCUUCAUGCCUCUCCUGUUCUUCAGGAUAUAAAUUUCAAGAUUGAGAAGGGGCAGCUAUUGGCUGUUUCUGGAUCUACUGGAGCAGGCAAGACUUCUCUUCUGAUGUUGAUAAUGGGAGAAUUGGAGCCUUCACAGGGCAAAAUAAAGCACAGUGGAAGGAUAUCCUUUUCACCUCAAGUCUCCUGGAUCAUGCCUGGAACAAUAAAAGAGAACAUAAUUUUUGGGGUAUCCUAUGAUGAAUACCGGUACAGGAGCGUCAUCAAAGCCUGCCAACUAGAAGAGGAUAUUUCCAAGUUCCCAGACAAGGAUUAUACGCUGCUGGGUGAAGGUGGAAUCAUUCUUAGUGGAGGUCAACGAGCACGGAUCUCACUGGCAAGGGCAGUGUACAAAGAUGCUGAUUUGUAUCUCCUGGAUUCUCCUUUUGGACACUUAGACAUUUUUACAGAAAAAGAGAUAUUUGAAAGCUGUGUGUGCAAGUUGAUGGCGAAUAAAACGAGGAUCUUGGUUACUUCAAAAUUGGAACACUUAAAGAUUGCUGACAAAAUAUUAAUCUUACAUGAAGGGAGCUGCUAUUUCUAUGGAACAUUUUCUGAACUUCAGGGUCAACGGCCAGACUUCAGCUCAGAGCUGAUGGGAUUUGACUCUUUUGAUCAGUUCAGCGCAGAGAGAAGAAAUUCAAUCCUUACUGAGACUCUCCGACGAUUUUCCAUUGAAGGAGAAGGCAUGGGAUCACGCAAUGAAAUAAAGAAGCAAUCUUUUAAACAAAAAUCAGAUUUGAACGACAAAAGGAAGAACUCUGUAAUUAUUAACCCCCUGAAUGCAAACAGGAAGUUCUCAGUGGUGCAGAAGAACGGGGUGCAGGUCAAUGGGAUAGAUGAUGGCCACAGUGACCCACUGGAGAGGCGGCUCUCGCUGGUGCCUGACGUGGAGCAGGGGGACGUGGCCCUGCUGAGGACUGGCAUGCUCAAGGCUGACCCUCUGCUGCAAGGGCGCCGGAGGCAGUCGGUGCUGAACCUGAUGACGAGCACCUCUGUCAACUACGGAGCAAACUUCCCCAAGAAGGGAAGCACAACCUUUCGGAAAAUGUCCAUGGUGCCUCAGACAAACCUGUCUUCUGAGAUGGAUAUCUACACCAGGCGCGUGUCUCGAGACAGCGUCUUGGACAUAACUGAUGAAAUCAAUGAGGAGGAUUUGAAGGAGUGCUUCAGUGAUGAUGCUGAAAGCAUGGGUACUGUUACUACAUGGAACACCUAUUUCAGAUACGUUACUAUCCACAAAAACUUGAUUUUUGUUCUGAUUUUGUGCGUGACUGUCUUCUUACUUGAGGUAGCUGCUUCUCUUGGUGGGGUUUGGUUUCUUCAAAAGACAGCUUUGAAGGCAAAUUCAACACAGUCAGAAAACAGCACCUCUGACAAACCUCCUGUGAUUGUCACUGACACUAGCAGCUACUACAUCAUUUACAUCUAUGUGGGUGUGGCAGAUACCCUGCUUGCCAUGGGAAUCUUCAGAGGUUUGCCCCUUGUGCAUACACUUAUAACAGUGUCUAAGACUCUUCAUCAAAAGAUGGUGCAUGCAGUUCUUCAUGCACCUAUGUCAACCUUCAACUCUUGGAAAGCAGGUGGUAUGCUCAACAGAUUCUCAAAAGAUACGGCAGUACUGGAUGACUUACUUCCACUCACAGUAUUUGACUUCAUUCAGUUAAUACUGAUUGUGAUUGGCGCUAUAACAGUAGUCUCAAUAUUAGAACCCUACAUCUUCCUGGCAUCAGUGCCUGUGAUAGCAGCCUUUAUUCUGUUAAGGGCAUACUUCCUCCACACUUCUCAGCAGCUGAAACAACUGGAAUCUGAAGCUCGGAGUCCAAUUUUCACCCAUCUUGUUACAAGCUUAAAAGGGCUGUGGACACUGCGAGCUUUCGGGCGGCAGCCGUAUUUUGAGACCUUAUUUCACAAAGCGCUGAACCUACACACGGCAAACUGGUUCCUCUACCUGUCAACACUGCGCUGGUUCCAGAUGAGGAUAGAAAUUAUUUUUGUGGUCUUUUUUGUUGCUGUGGCAUUUAUCUCUAUCAUAACUACAGGUGAAGGACCAGGCACAGCUGGAAUUAUUCUUACUUUAGCUAUGAACAUCAUGGGAACCUUGCAGUGGGCAGUAAACUCAAGCAUAGAUGUUGAUAGUUUGAUGCGGUCUGUCGGACGAAUAUUUAAAUUCAUUGACAUGCCAACAGAAGAGACAAAAAACAUUAAGCCACAGAAGAAUAAUCAGUUUUCAGAUGCCCUUGUAAUUGAAAACAGGCAUGUGAAGGAUGAGAAGAACUGGCCAUCUGGGGGCCAAAUGACUGUGAAAGACCUUACGGCCAAAUACGGUGAAGGUGGAGCUGCUGUACUAGAAAACAUUUCCUUUUCAAUAAGUUCAGGGCAGAGGGUGGGCCUUUUAGGAAGAACAGGUUCAGGAAAAAGCACUUUACUUUUUGCAUUUUUAAGACUGCUGAAUACAGAAGGGGAUAUCCAGAUUGACGGAGUCUCCUGGAACACGGUCAGCGUGCAGCAAUGGAGAAAAGCAUUUGGAGUGAUUCCUCAGAAAGUGUUCAUAUUUUCGGGAAGUUUUCGGAUGAAUUUGGAUCCUUAUGGGCAGUGGAAUGAUGAAGAAAUAUGGAAAGUUGCAGAGGAGGUUGGGCUGAAGUCUGUAAUAGAGCAAUUUCCAGGCAAGCUUGAUUUUGUUCUUGUGGAUGGAGGCUGCGUCCUCAGUCAUGGCCACAAGCAGCUGAUGUGCCUUGCCCGGUCAGUUCUCAGCAAAGCUAAAAUCUUGCUGCUCGAUGAACCAAGUGCUCACCUGGACCCUGUAACUUCCCAAGUGAUCAGGAAGACUCUGAAGCACGCGUUUGCCAACUGCACUGUGAUACUCUCUGAGCACAGGCUGGAGGCGAUGCUGGAAUGCCAGAGAUUUUUGGUGAUCGAGGACAAUAAACUGAGGCAGUACGAAUCCAUUCAGAAGCUGCUGAACGAGAAGAGCUCCUUCAGGCAGGCCAUCAGUCACGCCGAGCGCCUUAAGCUCCUGCCAGCACACCACAGAAACUCCAGCAAGCGUAAACCCCGACCCCAAAUCACUGCCUUGCAGGAGGAGACGGAGGAAGAAGUGCAGGAGACAAGACUGUGAGAUGCUGUGUAGAGACCUUUGUGGGGUGAAUGGUCAGCAGUGCCCCAUCGUGACAGGACCAGCACUUCUGAAGCUGCCUCAGCCAUGCACAAAUUCAGCCUUCCCGGAGUUGUUUACUGAAGCCACUGCAUGAGCAUGUCGGAAUUGCUUCCCUUCUGUGCUUAAUCAUGUGCAGGUUAGCACACUCUUUGAGGUUUUGCCACUUAUAGUGGUGAAACCAGAUUUCCUUUGGAAAGCUGCUCUGAUUGGAAACAACGAAGAUGGCAAGCAGAAGUAACCUGCCUAGCCUGACAUAAUUGUUUCAGAAAACUUUUAGAAAGGUUCUUGCUGGGGUGAGAGGACUAGACAGCAGGAAGAAUGUGAGAAAAAAAAUCAAAUCUGGGUGGAAAAUAGAAAAAUCAGUAUGCAAAAAACUUCUGUGGAUUCACUUCCUGCAACUGAAUUAAGGGACAAUAUCAGCAAGGCACACAGAAAACUUCCUCCUCUUUGUUUUCCAUGCAGCGACUGUAAUUUCAGCUUAGCAGGAAAGGCCAAAUGCCACAUGCAUAGGUGAAAAUGAAGGAAGAGAGGAUAUUGUCUUGGAAGCCAAUCAACAUCUGUCAUGUCUCCACAGUUAAGGGAGAAUUGGUAUUUCCUCUUAAAACCUAGGAGACUGUUAACCUGACCCUGCACACACUCCCAAUUGGAUUGAGUGCAGGCUGACACCAGUAUCUAGCACAAGGUAGGACUCCUGGCAGUGGACCUGUAAUAGUCUGUAUAGGUCUGGCAUCUUUAUAUGCUUUUUACUUUGGCCUAAUGAAAAAAAAAAGGGGGAAGAAACCUCUCAAAAGUAGACUUUAAUAAUGAAAUUAAUUUUUAUACUCUUCUGGUUUGCAGUUUUAUUAUGGAAUUGAAUGUUCUCUAGGAUAUUUUAUUUAUUUUAAUAUUGUUGCAAACUUUUGCUAAGGAAAUUAUGUAUUUUAAGAGUGAUUACGUACUAUAAAGAAAAAUAUAUUUGUACAAAAAGUUUUAUAUUUGGAUUGUCGCAGGGAUAUUUUGCUACUAGAUUUUGAUGUCUCAUUAUGCUAGAGCUGUUGAAAACGAGGGCAGCCCCAGAGUUUGGCCAGGUACUGUCCAAUGCUGUCUUUGUGCACUAAAGUAUUCUAGUGAUAUACAGGUGUUUUAGAUUAUUUUUUUCUUUAAAUAAAUUUUUAAAAAGAGAAACUGCCUGUAUGACACAUUACAGCCCCCCCUGCCCCCCUUAAUGAGGCAGGCACUGGGGACCGAUUCUGCUACUUCCACUUAGGCCAUCGCUGGCUGUCACAACCACGGCCAUACCUUUCAGCCGCCGCUCUCUCUCCUUUCCGGAGGCGGCGGCUCUCGGGGCUGCCCGGGCGGCACUAGGUGGUGCUGCGGGCCUCCAACGCUGCGGCGCGGCCUGCGCUCGGCCCUGGGCCCGCUCAGAGCCCGAGCCCCGCAGCUGCCAAGAGCAGCACAGGCAAGGCUCGGACUAGACUCCUUCAGGCUCGGACUAACCUCCUUCAGGCUCGGACUAAGCUCCUUCAGGCGUGCUGGAGCAGCAGCCGGCCUGGGCUGCCCCCGGCUGGGCGCUGGUUCUGCUGGAGGCGCUGCUGGGUCCGGCGGAGCCCGCAGGCCCUGGGACUCACUCUGGAGCUGCUUGCCCUGUGUGACGCUGGUUUCCCUCUAGCUCUGCCCCCCUCUGCAUACCUUCUGGCCUUCAUUACACAUUUCCUUUGCAAAUAUUUGUCGGUGUUUUUUUCCCUGCCUUGUCCCUCAUACUGUACUUUUAUGCUUGUCCACCUUUAGCACUUACCUGGGUCUUUUUCCUUUCUUUCUGUGGGGGACACCUUGCGCUGCCUGGUUUUCUCCACAAAGCAAUGCCUUUUGCUCACAGAGCAUUCUGGAUACCCUUGGGUCUCAGUUUUGCCAUGUCACUGUUCCUUUGCCACUAAGCUCUGCUUGAUUCAUAACAAUGGAAAACCAACUGUGUAUUGAAGUAGCAUCGCUUUUGAAUCCUAUUUCCACUCCCCUUAUCCCCUCAAACUGUUCACCUCACACUGUUUGUCCCUUUUCUGACAUAGUCAGCUCUCCAUUUGUACAAGUCUUUACAGAGUACGUGGCCAAGGCUGGCUGGGAGGCCAGGGCUGCUGAAGUGUGGCCAAGUCUAAGGAGGCAUGCCAAGGGUCACUCUUUUUCAGGAUGUUACUCAGAGUUACAGCAGACACACCAAGUGGGGGAGUUUAUAAUCUAAAUAAACAAGAUGAUCAGAAAGAUCAGCAGAAAAGAACGACUGUCACUAGAACUAGUGCAUUCUUCAGAGCUUGCGAAACUGUUCAUGUUUUGUGUCGUUGUCAGAGUUAGAAGGUGGUAGGUAAGCUGGAAUCGACAGAUGAGGACACAUUUCAGGGAAGAAAAAAGAUAAGUACAGCAGGAGCAUGUAGCAGAUGGGACAUAUGGAAGCUGCUAAUACAAACACUCAGAAGGAGGACUUUGAAAGAAAAAGGAAAUCAGUUGACUGAUGGCCUCCACCCCGGGCUACAACACUCACCGAAACAGCUUCUGCCAUCAGUGCCCAGCUACCACCAUCACACUGCCAGUCCUGAAGAGCCCAGGCAAGAUGCUGCCCUCUCAGGGCAACUGAGAGGAGUGUGCUAUUUCUUUCAGUCCCAAACCACUGCUUCAGCUCCUCUGGAGUUCAAGCUGGAACAGGAGGUAAGUUAGUACCAGCCUCUAUGAGGAGGAUGACACAGCCUCUCCUUCCCAACACAGAGCAUGUUACCUUCUAGAGUAGAUGUUCUGGUACCUGCUGUCAGAGGGUGACAGCUCCCAAGGAUGUUUGCCUGAAACUAAUCUGGGAAGUUGCACAUCCUGUUUGUGAUGGAAAAUGGAGCACAAGAGGGAAGGGAGAAAAUAAAAAAUAAGCAAAUGAGGCCAUAAACAAUGGAAGAACAAACAAUGACCUUCAUAAACACACGCUAAGCAGUACUUAAGGGAAUUUUUCUUCUCAUGUGCUUGCUUUGCAUGUAUUUGAUAGAACAGAUAUAAAAAAUACUCUUACCAGAGCACUUUGUCAUUAAAACCACCUAUACAAAAAUGUGGGUGUGUACAACAUACAGACAAAGAAGAGAGCAUGCUGGUUUUAAUACUCCAUGUGGAGAUUUCAUUUUGCAGCCUGCUAACAAAAAAAGUUGAAAAGAGAUUCUGUAGCUGUCCUUAAGUACUGUGGAGAAGGGUGGCCAUACUGCUAUUACAGCACUGAGAAGCUCUUGGGAGAGCAAAGGAUAAGGAAGGGUAGCCUAAACAAACUUGAACUAUGCACAUUUAUGCAUUUUCAUAAAUCUUAUAUACAAAAUAACUACACAAAGUAGCUCGAUAUUUGUCAUUAGUGGGAACUGCCCAGUAUCUCACUGGAGUCAACCAAGCCUGCUAUUCCAACAAACAACUUUUUUUUCACAGUUGCUUAGCUGGUGUCUUACCAGCUGUGCUUUAUUCAUUAAAUAUCCAUUUCCAAAGUCUUUCUUAAAGACUCCAGUUCCACAAGUCUCAAAUCUCUCAGGCUGUUACAUCAGAGCUGGUAAACACCUGAUGACAUCUGCACUUUUUGAAUUCUAUCUACCCUGUUUAAGCAACAGGCUUAAGUUAUGUCUUAGCAACUUCAGGCCUUUUAAAGCAGUUUCCUCUAUUAAUUGGUAUUAAUUGCUGGAGGUAAUUUCAGAACCACAUAAUUUAUUCAAUUUUAUUUACCUAAAAAAUGUUCUGGUGAUUAUUUUUUCCUCAUUUUCUAUUAUAGAUUUGGUAUUUUAGGUCUAUAAUUACUUGGCUAUGAUUUAACAUUUGGAAAAAAACCCACACCACUUUAGAACUGACGUACAACUGUUCCUUAAUGGACCAUUAGUUGCUGUCUAAAAACAUCUUGCAAAUUAAGCAAUACAAUGCAAUACAGUAAUACAUUUCCUUUACAAACCCCCAUGUUCUCUAAAACCAAUUUCCUGUUCCAAGGAUAAACAAUAUUUAUACUAAGUUCACUCCCUAGGGCUCACUUCAACCUCAAAAUACAAUCCUUGUAAAAUGCAGCCAGAGGUUUCUGAGUGAUACUACAGCCCAGUACCACAACCCCUUGUGCUCCCUUAAAGUCACUUCAAGUUUCUUGAAGGACAGCCCACUUAGUAAUUCUCAUGUCUCUUACCUAUGGUUUGAUCACCGUAAACAUCACUGUAGCCAGAGUUAGGACCAGGAAAGUGAUCCUUCAUCCUUUCUUCAGGCAGAGGCUGUUUUGAUUCUCCAGUUCUACUGGAAAGCUGGAGGGUUUUGGAUGUAUUUUGUAAAUUCCUUGAGUUGUAUUACAGGAAGAGAUGUGCGUCAAGCCUGCUGGUUUUGCUGUUGCUGAUGAAUGUUGCUGCCUUUGUUGAAUGAUGGAGAAGGUAGAAACCUUUUAAUUUUGGAGUUCAUGCUCAGCAACCCAAAAAAAAUAAGGUAGAUAUUGUCUGACGGACUCAGACAUUCACUUAAGGAACAUAGUCCAUGUUCUUGUCAAGAAAAAAGAACCACUGGAGAGAUGCUGAAAGCUUCUAUUUUCAGGACUGGCUUGAAGUGAAGAGCUGGAAUGUUUAGUACUUACCAGAGUAGACGGAUGAGAAGUAUCGUUCCUUGUUUCUCUGGUUGAAGACAUUGAGAUGUAUAUAAAGAAUAUAGUGUAGUCAGAUGAGGGCUAAAUUAAAAGUCUUUCACUGCCCCAGUGGCUUGUCAAAUGGAUUCUCCAGUAGAAGCUUCCCUAUACCUUCUGGGAUACUCCUCCAUGCAGAUGGGGUCUCUCUCUUCACUUAACUCUUUCAAAGUUAUGGGGUAAUAGCUGGGAGCAGAUGUAGCAUGGAUGGGUAUGGCCCACCACAGCACACUCCAAUCCUCUCUGCUUGAGACACAGAAAGCAAGGAAGAGAAAGGAUUUUGCCCAUUAAAAACCCAAAGGGAGAGUAGCUGGUAUGACAAGUCACUUAUAAGGAGUGCUGUUUGUAGCAUCAUAGGAAUAACCUGAAGACACAAGUGAAACCCCGAGCUCAUGAACAGAGCCUGGCCUUGCUUCAGCACAACCUAUCACAAACCAAGUGAUAAGCCAGCAGAGAAGUCAGCAUGUCCACAAGCAAACUGUGUCACAGCUAUGUGGUGCUCACUCUUUGAGGGCAGGAACUGCUGUGGCCUAGCAAGAGAGAUUAGCACUUAGUACAGAAGAGAGCCAUCAAUUAGGAGAUAUGCAAGAUACUGUGAGAUUAAAGCUAUAUGGAGAUCACAGACUGUGUUGAACUGACAGACAAACAAAAUGACAGCAGAAGUCAAAAAGGUGAAAGACGCAGAUGGAGAGUUUAGGACAGCAGGCUGAAAAAGGAAGGCUAAUGAGGGUGUUGAAAGGCAAUGCUAAAUUUAGCAAGACACCUGACUUUCACACCAAAGUUACUCUGUCCUCCACAAAUUUUCAUGCACACUACAGUACUGAUUAGUUUUUACUCUCACAGACAAUAUGCAGUUUUAAAAUAGGCCUCAAAGCAAGCUUUAGGACACUACCCAGUAUCUUCCCACACAGAAGCACACUGUUAACUCUUUAUCUAAAUGAGUUCUCACAUUUAAGGUGUAUUUUAAACGCAGAACAAACCUGGCUUAGAUGCAUGUCAGGAUUUUUCUUUUCUUAUAGCUCUUAAAAAAAAAAAUUAUUACAAAUUCUGAUGUUGAAAUUUAUGUGAUCCUUACAAAUGGUGUCUUCCACUUGUGUUCCUCUUUGGCCAUGAAAUCCAUAUCUGAGCUUCUCACACAAGCUACCACACCGCUGCUCACUGCUUCAGCACAUCAGGGAUCCUACUUGCUGAGACUCACUGCUCCGACCUGCAGGGCCUGGCAGCUGACUCAUUCUGCUAAGAACCACCAGCAAAAGCAGCAUAUUUUUUCAGCACAAAAAAUAUUAAAAAAAUAAAAGUAAAAAUCAGUCUCUAGAGAAAUGAACUGUACUUAGUUACACAUUACUAUCACAGCAAAUUGAAGUCUUAGUGAAACAGCAAUUGCCUAAAACCAAGGUACUUUCUAAAUAUAUUGUGCAGGAAAUUAUUUCAGAAAUAAGCUUUUAAUAUUCAAUAUCUGUAGAACCAAUACACACACACAAACUCAGAGAAAGAAAGACAAUAUGCCAUACAAAGAUUUUAUUGACAUGAGUCUGGGAUAACUGUUUUAUAUACAAAGGCAAAGUGUUAGGAAACAGUUAAUCCUUUCCUCCUCUGGGCUUAUUUUGAGAAAACUGUUCUUUUGGAUAUUAGCGUCAUAUCACUGCCCAAAUUCUCCAAACCAUCUCCCACUAACCCAACAGAAGGCAUCUAAGUCUGAUCUCCAGAAAAAUCUGCACUUUCCCCUGCCUAACAGGUGAGUUAUUUCGACAGUGCACAUUUCCACAUUCCUACAAUUCACAAGGAUGUAACUGCAGCUAUUGUAGAAAGAGGCUGGGGAAAUACGCCCUGCAUAGCAACUGUCCCUCAUGGGAACAUGAUCUACCUCAGUGGUGGAGAGAAAAAUGACAAAGAGUUAAUUUUAACGGCAACUCAAGUAUCAUUUUAUAGCAAUUACAUCUUAAAUCCACAACAGAAAUUGAUAAUUACAUAGUAACUCAUUGCUACUACAUUAUCUUGGAUAAUACUGUAAGUUAAGCUUUUGCUCAAAUUCCUUUUCAGUAAAAUCUGUUUCUGUAAAACACUUUUAUUUCUUGGAUGCUUUUAAAACACUAAUGGAGCAUAUAAAAGUUUUUACAGUAUACAAGAAAAACUAAGUUAAUAAAUGAUCACAUUUUCUUCAAUUCUAUCAAAGAGUAAGAGUCUGAGAAAAAUAACUUUUGUUGCAUUUUAAUUUCUCAAUCUCUUUCCUUUUUUAAGAGAUGAAAUUUAUAAAGGAAACUCAUUACAAUUUAGAUGAAGAGAAGCUUGAGAAAAACAAAAUCACAAUUCAGCAGGCAGAUGAUGAUGAUGAUGAAAUCAAAGUAUUUAAUAUGGCUUGUAAGCUGAAAGUAAUCGAUCUGCAAUUCCAAACAUUUCAGUUAUUGCCACAUUCACUAAUUUUUCAUUAAGUGAAGAUAAAACGUCUUUAAAAUGCAUGAACAAUAGCAUUAAGCCAUUGUUGUAUAUAUUGUGCAACUCAUCUGAAUGCAGGUUAACAUGUGAACUUAAUAGAAUAUAUUUAUGUACAGUAUAUACACAAACAGAAUCCUGUGGUAGGUACCCCUGAAUAUUAUUAUUUAAAUAAGUAAUUUUCAUAUUAAAAGAAGAAAAAAACCCAACCAUCUAUGGAGGAGGCAAAAUGCCCAUUUCUGAACUUUAAAUCAAUAUAAUUUCCAGCUGAUGUACAUAGAAAUAAAACCGUGGUCCUGUACAAACUUUACAUUACAGGGUAACAGUUUGUUUUUAAAAAAUAUUUACAUAUUUAAGUACUUGGUUCUUUGCAAUAGAGAUUAUAUGAACAAGAAAAAUUGUAAGAUAGGCAGGUUUAUUUACUGGAUUUUUAUAUUUAUUCUUUUUUGUGCAAAUUCCAAAUCUCUCUUUUUAUGUAAUUAUCUGCCUCUAUUUGCCUUGUAUUACUGCUGCUGCUUUUUUUUAGUAUUCUGAGAAGGCUGGGUGACUUUGCUUCUAGGAACAGGAAGAAAAGAUUUAACUCUUGAAACACCCAACUCUGUCUUUGAUUUACUGUUGCUGCUUUCCACAGUUCGACUGCUGCUGAGAGGACGCAUUCCAUCCUGGAAAUAAAGAGAAAAAAAGCAUUUUGUGUAUAAAUAAGUAUCAUUGUUUGACAUGGUUGGGUGGUGUUUCCUUCAUUUCGGCCAACAUCUCCCCAGAAAAAAUAUUUUUUAGUUCUGUAUGAAAGAUUUUGACCAAGUUUUUCACAAAUCUCCCAAGUAGCUAAGCUUGUCUACUUGCAGGUCAAUAUAGUAAUGCCUUUUGUUGUUAGCAGAAAUUUUUAAAGAAAAAAAAAUCACUAUGAGAAAGGUACAGUAGGAACUGGUAGGUCAGGCAUCACUACUGUGUGAAGCUCUGAUUUGGGAUGCCUGAAUGUGUUUAGAGAAAUAUUCAAAAGGAGUACACCUACUUGGUGUAGCUGUAGGCAAGUUUAAAAUGAUUUCUUUUAGUGGAGACUGUUCUAUGGAUUUAAAGUAAAAUUACAGAAAGUACUCUAACUUUCUGAAUAUUUGGAUACAAAGAAAUAUUAUUGCAAAGCUAUUAACUCAUCUGACCCUUAGACUGGCUCAGCUGGUCAGAGCAUGGUGCUGGUUACAGCAAGGUUGUGGGUUCAGUCCUUGUAUGGGUCAUUCCCUCCAAAGUUGGACUUGAAAAUCCUUGUGGGUCCCUUCCAAUUCAGAAUAUUUGGUGGUCUGUGAAGUCAACUCUUUUAAUGCUAAGGUGUUCUAGAUAAUCCAGUUUCAGGAAUUUCACUGUAUCAGCAGAAAAUGGUGUCUCUAGAAAACAAUUUACUGCAGUCAGAUAAAACAUCAGGAUUGGCCUCCAAAAGACCCAUACCAAUGUAACACAGAAGGCCUGGUAGGGGAACAAAGAUCACAGAUUAUUCCCUGGCUAAGAUUAACUGAGCUUAGAAGCCCUCUUGAUGUUUACAAACACAAAGAGCAAAAAAGUAGAGGGAACAAAAUGUAACAACAGAGAAAACAUAAUUUUCCAAAGAAUGAAAACUAAGCAGGACAUAAUUUAAUCUUCGUAUUUAGUAGGGAUGGUAGCGCCCACAAACAAUAAAAAUUUCUGAAAAGAAGAUGAUAGUAGACUUACUAUAUCUUCCAAUAAUAUUCAGCUUAUCUUCUCACUCUGAAGUCACCAAAGUUUAUUUACAUAUAUAACAUAGCAAGUUAACUGUAUAUUUCAGCAAAUAGGUCAAAGAUAGGAACUGAAUAACCCUAAAAAAAUGCUAUUCUUCACAAACUUUGGUAAUAUCAUGUCUUUUCAAUAUUUUUUACCCCUGAGAGCUCUGACAUCAGAGAAACCAGAAAUUUUACAUCAAGAAUUUUAAAAGUGGUGCUUUUGCAAACUUACUGAAUGACAUUAAUUGAGAGGAGACAACAAACCCAGGUUUUAUUUCUCUUCAGAUCUGAUGGAAAUAACCCGUAAUGUCAAAAAUACUUGGCCUGGGGAGAUGGCUUUAUGUAGAAUGCCAAAACUGAAAGCAAAUAACAUCCAUUGUUUUAAUAAAUCUUUAGCUUCUAUUAAGACACAUGAAAGAAACUUGGCAUGGUAGUCUAGCAAGUUUCCUAAGAAUUAUGACAGUUUUUUCUUGUAAUAAACCGGACACUAAUUCUUAGGAUCCAAUCAGAAAUUCAGAUUUGGGGAAACUCAAGACAGGGUAGGAUACUUUCCUAUCCUACUGUAAAACUCAUUUCACCUACCUUUUGUGUUGUUGUUUUAUUUGGGUUAGUACCACUUGCUGAAAAUACAGGAAUGUUCUGGGAGUUACUGAACAUCAGUAACUCAUCUUUAGAAUCUGCAAUCUAAAGAAAGAUAAGAAAAUGGUUAUUUUUUAGUUAUUCACAGAGAUUAUGUUUAAAUUUGCCAAUUUUUGGAGGCUUGAUUUUAUUUUCAUGGUUUCUGUACAAUGCAACGCAUAAAUAUCCAAAGAACAAUUACAAUAUCUCUUCUUUACUCUUGAGUGCAUUUUUAGAAGAUGGGAGAUGGAGAUUUCAUAUCAACUACAAUCAGAGGAAGAUUAAACAUGCAUUUCCGGAGUAAUACUUCUCAGUGGAGCUAAAGGACAGUAUCCCAUCAAAUUUUACCCAGCCCCCAGGAACAUCAGAGAAAUGAAUGAUCGUUUUCUCUUUCUCCUGCCAUGUUUCUUCCCUACUAUUUUUCCUUCCCUUUUUCCUAUUUUUCCUGACCAGAAAGUAACAGACAGAGCCUCCUCAAGAUGCUGUCCUCACUGAAAACUAGUUAUUUUAUCCUGGGGCAAGCUGAUCCAAUUCAAUUCUGCAACUGCAAAAGUAUUCCAUCCCAACCCAGUGAAGGCAGCAGGAAUAUAUUCGAGUGAAAGGGCAAAUUAAAGAGAAGAAGUACUUAUUCUGUUGGCAUCCUGAAAUUACAUCACACAAAGAAAGCAUUCAACAGCACCCUUACUUCUGCAAGGCUCUACUACUAGGCGUCUGGGGAAUUAACAACAGAAAUUCCAGCCAAGGAUGGUUCCACCCAUGGUGAGGAAACUGAACAAAAGACUUGACAUCUAUCUUCUUCCUUAUCUAACCCGUAUUUCCUUGAAUUGUCAUCAACAAGCAAUUAUACUUUGCAUGUUAUUAAACACAAUUUUAAGUUGGUUA